AUGUCAGUAACUGCGUGGACGUUAACACGGGGCAAUAUAAAACAGGAUAUAGUGUUCUGGAUUAUGUUCACUCUGCGUCUGGUGACGGCGCUGUGCUUUAGAAUCCCGACAAUGAUUUGUUGCCCUACUGAUGCUAUGCCCAAGGGUUGCACUUGGGAGGGAGAAAAUGAAUAUAGCCUAUAUAGUGGAAACAGUAGUACUUGCGGUAAUAAUAAGUAUAAGCUAGUAGCAGACAUAUAUAAUGAUCGGAUAGGGUCCAUUCAUUGCCUUAUCAACCAGAGAUCACUUUAUUACUUGAACCCCGAGGAGGAAGGUGUGCCUUAUAACUUACUUUAUUAUGAUCCUCCUUCUGCUUCUGAGAAUCGUCCUGUCAACCCAGCAGAUCUCUUUGAGUAUCCUAAUGAAGAUCAUGUGAUGUAUUACUACAAGGUCGAGAAGAUAUUAAAUAAUAAUAUGGCUUCGAUAUUUAUUGACUUUAAAAAAGCUACCGAUGAUAAAAGCAGUGACCCAUUUAUAUUUAUCAUGAUUGAUGGUGACCCGGAAGCAUACGACGAGUCUCUUGUCGAUCAGUAG